AUGCUUGGUACAAUUCGCCGAUUCGGCAUCACUAAUGCGCUGCGCGCAUCAGCGCCUCGCUCAAUCUCAGCACGAUUUGCUUCUCAACUGCCGAAAUGGCAAGCUCCUUCAACUCUCUCAUCUCUUUCUGCAACCAGAUCGCUGCAUUCCUCCUUCCCCAGACUAUCUGCUGCUACUGCAGAGGCACCUGUUGAGGAUGCCGAGAUCUCCAAGCCUGAGAGAUUCACAGAGUUCGCUGACUUGUUAUCGAAUGGACUCAUUGACAAGUCUAUCAUCAAGAACAUUGUUCAAGCGGAUCGAAUGAACCUCAAAACCAUGACUGAGGUACAAUCGCUCACUCUCAGUGAGAUUGUCAAGGGCGAUGAUGUCCUCGCCCAGGCCAAAACAGGAACCGGAAAGACACUUGCCUUCCUUCUUCCUACUCUUCAAAAUAUUCUGAAUGACCCGACCGUUGAUGUGCGCCAAACCGGUCGCCGCCGUCCCAGAACUGCCGCUUCAGAAAUCCGCGCCCUUAUUAUCUCUCCUACCCGCGAGCUCGCGGAACAAAUCGCAGUCGAGGCUAGAAAGGUCGCCUUUGGCACCGGUCUUAUCGUGCAAACCGCUGUUGGUGGCACCCAGAAGCGCCUCGGCCUGACUAAGAUUCAAAAUGAGGGCUGCCACCUACUCAUCGGUACCCCUGGACGUCUCAAGGACAUCCUCUCAGACCCUUGGACUGGUGUUUCUGCUCCUAAGUUGAACACUCUGAUCCUCGAUGAGGCAGAUCGCCUUUUGGACCAAGGAUUCUCUGCAGACAUCGAUGAGAUCCAGACAAUGCUCCCUAAGCCCACUGAAGUGGACCGCCAGACGCUCAUGUUCUCAGCCACUGUCCCCAGAGAAGUCAUGCAGAUGGUUCGCCAGACCCUGAAGCCUGAUUUCAAGCAUGUCAAUACCGUGCGCGAAGAUGAGGUCCCCACACACGAACGGGUGCCCCAAAAGCUUGUAUACCUGAACGGCCUCGAGAACGGACUACCUGCCGUUCUGGAGCUCGCCAAGAACCACCAAGCACGCCGGGACAACGGCGAGGAGCUGCGUCCUUUCAAGGCUAUUGUCUAUUUCAACUCCACUGCCGAGACUAAGAUCUCCGCUGAUGUUUUCAACAACAUCCGUCGCAGUCGUGAAUUCCGCCAGUCCUCCCUCAGUAACAUGACCAUGCUUGAAAUCAACUCUCGUCUUACCCAGGCUGUCCGCACUCGCAGUGCAGACAAUUUCCGCAGAGCUCGCGAGGGUAUUCUAUUCUCUUCCGAUGUGACUGCCCGUGGUAUGGAUUUCCCUGAUGUCACCCACGUAAUCCAAGUGGGUGUCCCUCGUGACCGCGAGACCUACAUUCACCGUCUCGGCCGCACAGCGCGUGCCGGCAAGGAGGGUGAGGGCUGGCUCCUGAUUCACAAGGGUGAACAGGAUGCCCUUCGCAGGCGCCUCGGUCGUCUUCCCAUCGGAAUCGAUUCUACCUCCCUGUCCACUGCCAGCGCCGAUAUGUCGCAGGAACUCCCUAACAGCACCAUCGCUGGCGAGACCGUGAACCAGCUGAAGGCAGCCUUCGUCGAAAUUCCCCCUCUUGUCAAGAUCCAGUCAUACAUGGGCCAACUCGGCACCACUACCACCAACUUCAGAGACAAGGCAGAGGCUAUCCAGGCACUGAACAACAUGUCCUUCAACGGUUAUGGAUUGAGCACUCCCCCUGAGAUCAACCCCAGGGUGGCUCAGCUCAUGGGUCUCAGGGGUGACCGUGGUGGCUUCUCUCGUGGCGGUGACCGUGGUGGCUACUCUCGCCGUGGUGACCGUGGUGACCGCGGUGGCUUCUCUCGCGGAGGUGACCGCGGCGACCGCGGCGGCUUCUCUCGUGGAGGUGACCGUGGCGACCGCGGCGGCUACUCUCGUGGUGACCGUGCCCCCCGUCGUGCUCUCGAUGGCUUCUCCCCUUCGCGCGGCCGUCGUGACUUCGGCGAUGACGAAGGCGGCUCCUCCUUCCGUUUCUAA